AUAUUGUCAAACGUCAGAAAACGCGAUUUAUUUUGCAAAAUUUAUUAAAUAAUCACUGUUUCAUCGAGUGAAGAUAAAAAGAACGUGGGAUUUUAAUAUGAAAUGAAUUGAAUUAUUGUUUGAAUGGCACCUUAUGCCUGUUGAAAAUUCCUUAAAUUUUUUUUGUAGUCUAUCUAAUUCCAUUUAUAAAUUGCAAGCAGAUAAAAUACUGAUAAGAAUUCAUCAACACUACACAUACCACAUUUUGAUGUAAGUAUCAAAGUACUAUCAUCAAUUAUUGACGGAAACUCGAUAUUAUAUCAACCCAAAAGAAGAAGAAAUUAUUGUUAUCUGGAGACCCAUAUGAAUAUUCAAGUAAAAUUGACAGACUGUGUCUACAUGGAAAAUAUGAAACAGGGGAAACACAUAAAACUACUUGGAAGACUACAAAGAGGAAAAGCUCCGAAAAUAAAGUCGCAAUUCUGAAGUGAGUAGUAUCGGAUCUUCUUGUUGAUUAAAUAGAUUAGAUAUUCAUUAAGUAUUUUUAUUAUUUUCGCUUCUACUAAAUUUCCCAGUGAUAUAUAAGAGCAGAUUGUUUUAUUUUUUGAAAACGCAAAAUAUAUAAAAAAGCCUUGAAGGAAGAGAUUAUUUGGAAAACUAUGCUUUCAACACCUAGAACUUCACAUAAUCAACGUGCGCAGGAUGAAUUAGCAUGCCUGGCCUUUUUGGAAAAAUUUUUCAACAGUGGACAUGAUACAUCAUUGAAUUUGAAUGUUUGUGCCUUGAACGAAGCCUUAUUUAGUUUAUUCUUGAAUGAAAACAAGGAAAAAUUAUUGAUUCUAUACCUACACAAUCAUGAAACAGAAUUCUCAAUGGAAUUCUGCCGUUUAUUAUCUGAAGACGAAGAAACGAAAAAUCUUCUUGGCUCUCAUUUCAUUCUACAUUGUUGGGACAUAGGAGAAGACGAAUAUCAAGCAACACUGAUGGAUACAUUAGACAGCAUGUUGCAGCUUCUUCCAUGUGUAGAUAUGGUGCGGAAAAAACAACCAGCAGUUAUUUUCAUCGGAACUGAAGACAUGGAUUUUCAAAUUUGUUCAGUAAUACGAGAUAUUCCAUCUUUGAACGGGAUUAACACCACCAUGUCUUUGUUGGCUGAGAGCGUCUUCGAAAAUAUCCUGAAAGAUAGUGAAACUACGCCAGAAAAUAAGGAAUCAGAUGAGAGUUGCGGAUACACAGAAUUCCAGCAAAGGAUGUUCAACGGUUUGGGAAAUCGUGAUUAUGAUCGCUUUGAGGCAAGUGAAUUGGGCAGUCUCAAAGAAAAAAUUAACUUUGCCUUGUUCGGAUUACCGGUGGAAGAGACUGGAUAUUCUGAUAAACAGAAUGAAGAAACGCAAAAAAUGUACGACAUCAUUUUGGAAUCCAACAACGAGUUCUCCGAGUACGAAAACCAAGUGACCUUGUCCAUCGUAUACAACUGUUUGGUACCGCUAGAUUCCAGCUCAAACCAACAGUACAGCCCAGUUCCAGUAUUCAUCAUUCGCAAGUGUUCAUCGUCUGAGCAUCCUUGCAGAAUUGUUAUAGACCAUACGAGAAGAGUGUACAAGAACUGGGAGAGCUACAUCGAGGACAACAAAUUUUGCCAAUGUUGGAUGGUGGUUCCGGAGAACGGGUGUUAUGAGGAGGAUGAAUUUGGCAGAGUUAAACUGCAGAAAUUGAAGUCGCCCUCCUGCAGCGUUGGGAAAAAGAUUCUGAAGGCUACAGAUAUCACGACCUCGGUCUUGGGGAUAGGUUCCACUGGCGUGAUGGUUGCAGCAGCGAUACCCGCUGUAGCAGUUGCCCCUGUAGCGCUUUUGGGGGCGGCUGCGGUUGGUGCCGGAGUGGGGGCUUACUCGAUUGGCAGGAGUAUAUCCACCCUUAUCGACCGAGGAAAACACAAACAGAGUUUGAAUGUCACAGAGGCAGAAUCUCGAGGGGCAUACUUGAAUAUUGCUGCGGGGGUAGUUGGAUUUGCAGGAGCAGGUGCUAACGCCGUAGUCUCCAAUCUCGCAGCGAAUGGAGUAACUGUAGGAACGUCUGCUAGAAUUGCAGUGAAUACUUUGGGGGUGGCAAAUAUUGGCAUUGGUGGUCUUGCGGUCACCAAUUCGGCAGCAGAAAUAUUCAUGCGUUGGUGGAUCGAUGAUGAAACGCCCUCUGCCCUUUCAGUCCUCCAACUAAGCACCUCGAUUCUGUUCUUUGGACACGCAAUCUACAGUUUCAAAACGGCUGGUACGAUCAUUGAAGAAACACAAACUAGUACCAUGCGCAAUUUCAAAGAGGGUCUAAGCAAUAAGCAACGAAAAAUGUUCAGGAAACUGGAACUCGAAACGAUCCGACAGAACGGUGGCAACGUGAAUCAAGGCAGAGCCGAAGUGAUCUCUGCAAUUGCAAGGCUGAAAGAUAAAACGGAGGUGUUCAGUUUUCUGUCGAAGCACAAUAAGAAAUUCAAUGAAUUAGGAGUGAAAUUUUCCGCCAAAGGCGGUCAGAUAAAUUUGAACGGUGAAGCCUUGAAUUUGAACCAAAUCAGUUCGUUGUCUGGGAACGAUGUUUACAGCUACUUUUCCGAUCUGCCUAAAAGCAUGCUAGAACCCCCUUCCAUAGACACCCGCAGGACUGGUUUUGACACAUUCAUAACCAUAGAAAACGCAAUAGUUUUCAUGAGAAUUGUAAUUGGGCCAAGAUCGUUACAGGAAAAGAUCCAUCAGGUUUUGAUCAAGGUCAUCAACGAUUUGAAUAUUGACGAAGCCCACCACUGGCUCAUCCAGUUAAUGCAAGAUAUGUUCCCUAACGGAGAGUGGCACAUCCAGAUGUUGAAGAUGGUCCUAUCUUAUUUACAGAAUCAAGUCGAAGAGAUUCAGCGUAGAUUCGACGAGGACGAGUUGGAAAAUUGGCAGAAAAUCUUGAUGGAAUAUUUGAGGGAUCUGAAUGGUUGCCAGAGAAAGUUGGCAAUGCUGCAAUAUGUUUGCGACACUCUACUUUUAGGAUUCCGAUCUAAUUCUGCGAAUAUCUACGAACUUAUAAGGUUUUGCAUGGAUUGGGCGGUUAGUGCUUACGUGAAGCACACUGAAGAUCAGGAGAGGAAUGCGACAGUAGAACAAGGUCACAAGAGGGAGAAAAUCGUGACGUGCAAGGAAUGCAACGGGGUAUAUUUCGAGGUGUAGGAAACCCUUCAUUUUUAGAAAGUAUUCUUAUAUUAAUAUAGAAUGAUUAGUUGGAUAAAUCUACGAAAUUGCUGAAUGAUUUUGAAAAAUUUAAAAUUGACGAACAUCAAAGUACGAAAACUGAGCAAAGCAGAUAUCAAUGAACAAGUACGUUUUCAUUGAAUUGUGAAAAAUUAACAGAAUAGAGAAACAAAAGUGCUUCUUAGGUGCAACAAAUGCAUAUCAAUAUUGUAGUAUUUGAAGAUAACAAUUAAUAUAUACACUUUUAGAGGUUUGAUUAUUUGUUGAAUAAAGUUAUGUUGAUAAUUUGAAACCAGUGAUUUUUUCAAAAUUAUUCAAUGUGAUAUGUCAUGUGAUGAAAUUAUUUUUAAACAAGAGUGUACCAAAAUAUAACUGUUUUUGUUAUACCCAUUAUAUUUAUACAAUUGUGUUGUAAUAUGUUAUUCGGGCUUAUGGAAAUGCCAAAUGUAAUAGAAAAUUAUAAGAUCUUAAUUCAUUAAAAUAAUUUAAUUUUGAA